AUACGUCCGUAAUUGUGUGAUCAUUGAAAAUUAGAAAGCAGUUAUCCGCUUCGACAUGGGUAUCAAAGAAAGGUGGAAGAAUUGUGUGAUUUUAUUGAUACUACUAAUCCUUUUGGUCUGUUAUUAUGAAUAUUCUAUUGUACAAACAAAACCGGAAGUGAAAGGGACGGGACGAAUUGGAAGCACCGGUGCAAAAGAGACAGGACGAAUGGGGAAAACCGGUGCAAAACAGACGGGACGAGUUGGAAGCGUCGGUGUAAAAGGGACUGGACGAAUUGGAAGCACCGGUGCAAAAGAUAUGGGACGAAUUGGAAGUAAAAGCAAAUCCAUGAACAAGAAUCAAGAGGCAUAUGGCAAAAAUAAAGGACGCCUAAAUCUCAAUGUUACGCAAGGAUCAGGGGGAUCUCAAGUAUUACUGAUGACGUAUCUGCGGUCCGGGUCCAGUUUUCUUGGUGCGAUAGUCCAACAGGUGCCGAGAGCCCUUUACUCGUUUGAACCUAUGAAGAGUUAUUUGACCAGACAAACUUACAUAUCAACUGAACGAGGCACGUGUCUCUUCUCAAACGAUCGCUGCACUCCCACGCCCAAGGACGACUACAGCGGAAUUAUGGAAAACUUCAAGAACUUUUACGAAUGUGAAUUACGAAUACUAGAUCCGUUCUUAAGGAGAAGAAUAUCAGGUCGAAAAUGUCAUCUUGAAGACGAUCAGGAAAAAUGCAUUUCCGAAAUGAUUCCUUAUUGCAAAUCUGGGACAAGAAUCGCAAAGACCAUUCGGUUAUCCAUGGACGUGGUGGAUGUAUUGAUGGAAAAGUUUCCGAAUCUCAAGGUGAUACACUUAUUAAGAGAUCCACGAGGUAUGAUAGUAUCCAGGAUGAAAACUAUCCCUGCACUCGGUAUUAGAAAAAUGGACAUGUCUCUUGCGGCCCGUGCUGUGUGCGAUAGGUAUAACCGAGAUAUUAGAAUAGGACAAUCUUUGGACGUCAAAUACCCCAACAGAAUAAAAACCGUGCUAUAUGAACAGAUAGUGGAGAAACCUCUGGAAACCUCCCUUCGAAUAUUUCAAUUUUUGGGUCUACACCCGAACAAAAACUUUAAUACCUGGAUGAAUGAACAUAUUGCUGGAGUACAGAAAGUGGCUAAUCCGCCGGAUACUCACAAUCACGCAUACAGUACCUAUCGUGCCAAUUCGUCGGCCACUGCGAACGCUUGGAGGUCACGUCUGAUAUUCGAAAAUGUCGUAAAGAUCGACAAGGAGUGUUCUCAGCUGUAUGAUUAUACAGGUUAUGUGUCGGUAAAGAGUUCAACACAACUGACAAAUUUUAAUAUUCCUCUUCGAAAGAAGAAUGCUAAUUUUCCCUAGAUAAUCGGACUUUUAAAUUACAAGUACGAGGUUCUGAAAUAUAUAAUUGUUUGAAUUGCAGAAUGUUUAUAUUAAAUGACGUAAAAGAUUUUCCGCUCAGAACUUUCACCUUUGAUAAAUAUAUAGACUAAACAGUGCAUUGUUGUAACUUAUCAGAGACGGUGCUAGUUUAUCGCCCCUUACAGAUGUUGUCAUCCAAAGCAAUAUGGGUAUGGAUAAUACAAAAUCAGGAUAUACAAAAAAAACAAAAAACAAAAACAAAAAAACAAAAAACAAAAAAAAAACCGUCCAACACGAUAUGACUGUUGUGUGAUGGCGGGUAUAAGUAUCUUUGACGGACAUAGCUUCAUAUAUAGUGAGAGACCAUAACAAUAAACACCAAGAAUGAAAAAUGAAUAAUUUGUGUUUAAUUAAAAAAAACCCUGUGCGGAAAUAAAACCGAACGACUUC